GGGGGGCGGAGAGCAAUGACCUCCGGCUCAGUGCUUUGCUUUGGCUGCCUGGAGAAGCCUCCAGAAGGGGGAAGCGCUCUCGGCCCCGCCCCCUCCUGGUCCAGGGCUCCGGCCACGCAGAGGCAGGGGGAAUCUGCGGGUGCAUCUUCACAGAAAGAGUACUUUGGUUGCCACGGGUGCCGGGCGGGUGCUGGCCCCGCUGUCCACCCUGUCUCUGUGUGUUGCGCUUACCCGAGGUUCCACGUUGAGCCCCGCUCUACGCGCAGCCGGGCCCCCCCCCCCCGGCCCCCUCCCAGCGUGGGGCGGGCAGGGGGUGUGGUGCGGGCGGCACGAGUGACAGCGCGCUCCUCGCGCGGUGCCUCCACGGGGCUCAGUGUCACAGCGCCCGAAUGCGCUGCGCGCACAGCCCGCCGCGGGCCGCCAGCCCUGGCGAAGGGAUGCCCUGGGAGCCUUAGCCCGAGUCAGAGCCCAGCCACUGACCACCGAGUCCGCGCCCUCGUUGUCACCUCGCUGCUGUCAACGCGGAGACAAUGGACGCGGGAGCCGCCCCGCAGAAGCACAGUAGUGGAGCGAUGCAUGAGUGCCAUGCAGGAGGGGACCCAGAUGGUGAAGCUCCGUGGCAGCUCCAAGGGCCUGGUCCGCUUCUACUACCUGGAUGAGCACCGCUCCUGCCUCCGCUGGCGGCCCUCACGCAAGAAUGAGAAGGCCAAGAUCUCCAUUGACUCCAUCCAGGAGGUGAGUGAGGGACGGCAGUCUGAAAUCUUCCAGCGCUACCCUGACAGCAGCUUCGACCCCAACUGCUGCUUCAGCAUCUACCAUGGCAGUCACCGUGAGUCACUGGACUUGGUCUCACCUAGUGGUGAAGAGGCACGUACCUGGGUCACCGGCCUUCGCUACCUCAUGGCUGGCAUCAGUGAUGAAGACAGCCUAGCCCGUCGGCAGCGCACCAGGGACCAAUAUCCUUGGGCAUCAGGGUGGCUGAAGCAGACAUUUGAUGAGGCUGACAAGAAUGGAGAUGGCAGCCUGAGCAUCGGUGAGGUUCUGCAGCUGCUACAUAAACUCAACGUGAAUCUGCCCCGGCAGAGGGUGAAACAGAUGUUCAGGGAGGCAGACACAGAUGACCAUCAGGGAACACUAGGUUUUGAGGAAUUCUGCGCCUUCUACAAGAUGAUGUCCACUCGCCGAGACCUCUAUCUGCUCAUGCUGACCUACAGCAACCAUAAGGACCAUUUGGAUGCCUCCGACCUGCAGCGCUUUCUGGAGGUGGAGCAGAAGAUGAAUGGUGUGACACUCGAGAGCUGUCAGAAUAUCAUCGAGCAAUUUGAGCCUUGCCCGGAAAAUAGGAGCAAGGGGGUGCUGGGCAUUGAUGGCUUUACCAACUACACGAGGAGCCCCGCUGGUGACAUCUUCAACCCUGAGCACCAUGGAGUGCACCAAGACAUGACACGGCCAUUGAGCCACUACUUUAUCACCUCAUCCCACAACACCUACCUCGUGGGUGACCAGCUCAUGUCCCAGUCUCGGGUAGAUAUGUAUGCCUGGGUCCUGCAGGCCGGCUGCCGCUGUGUGGAGGUGGACUGCUGGGACGGGCCUGAUGGGGAGCCUAUUGUGCACCAUGGUUACACUCUGACCUCCAAGAUCCUUUUCAAAGAUGUCAUCGAAACCAUCAACAAAUAUGCCUUCAUCAAGAAUGAGUACCCAGUGAUCCUGUCCAUUGAGAACCACUGUAGUGUCGUUCAGCAAAAGAAGAUGGCCCAAUAUCUGACUGACAUCCUUGGGGACAAGUUGGACCUAUCCUCAGUGAGCAGCGAGGAUGCCACCAUGCUUCCUUCUCCACAGAUGCUCAAGGGCAAGAUCCUGGUGAAGGGGAAGAAGCUUCCCGCCAAUAUCAGCGAGGAUGCAGAAGAAGGUGAGGUAUCUGAUGAGGACAGCGCCGACGAGAUUGAUGAUGACUGCAAGCUCCUCAAUGGGGAUGCCUCCACCAAUCGGAAGCGUGUGGAAAAUAUUGCUAAGAAGAAGCUGGAUUCUCUUAUCAAGGAGUCAAAGAUCCGUGAUUGUGAAGACCCCAAUGACUUCACUGUCUCCACACUGUCCCCAUCUGGAAAGCUUGGGCAUAAAGCAGAGGCCAAGAAGGGUCAGAGCAAGGUGGAGGAGGAUGUGGAGUCCGGGGAGGACACCGGGGCAAGCAGGCGGAACAGCCGUCUCCUCGUAAGCAGCUUCUCCAAGCGCAAGAAAAAAGGCAGCAAGAUAAAGAAGGUGGCCAGUGUGGAAGAGGGGAAUGAGAACCUGGACUCCCCAGGAAGCCAGAGCCGAGGGACUGCCCGGCAAAAGAAGACCAUGAAGCUGUCACGAGCCCUCUCGGACCUAGUGAAAUAUACCAAGUCUGUGGGCACCCAUGACGUGGAAAUGGAGGUGGCAUCUAGCUGGCAGGUGUCGUCCUUCAGUGAGACCAAGGCCCACCAGAUCCUGCAGCAGAAGCCUGCCCAGUACCUGCGCUUCAACCAGCACCAGCUCUCACGCAUAUACCCCUCCUCCUACCGUGUUGACUCCAGCAAUUACAAUCCGCAGCCCUUCUGGAAUGCUGGCUGCCAGAUGGUUGCCCUGAACUACCAGUCAGAGGGGCGGAUGCUGCAGCUGAACAGGGCCAAGUUCAGUGCCAACGGUGGCUGUGGCUACGUGCUCAAACCCCAGUGCAUGUGCCAGGGUGUCUUCAACCCCAACUCUGAGGACCCCCUGCCCGGGCAGCUCAAGAAGCAGCUGGCCCUGAGGAUCAUCAGUGGCCAGCAGCUGCCCAAGCCACGGGACUCAGUGCUGGGUGACCGUGGGGAGAUCAUCGACCCCUUCGUGGAGGUGGAGGUCAUCGGGCUCCCUGUGGACUGUAGCAAGGAGCAGACGCGAGUGGUGGACGACAAUGGAUUCAACCCCAUGUGGGGGGAGACUCUGGUGUUCACUGUGCACAUGCCUGAGAUUGCACUUGUGCGCUUCCUUGUCUGGGACCAUGACCCCAUUGGACGUGACUUCAUUGGCCAGAGGACGCUGGCCUUCAGCAGCAUGAUGCCAGGCUAUCGUCAUGUGUACCUAGAAGGGAUGGAAGAAGCCUCUAUCUUUGUGCAUGUGGCUGUCAGUGACAUUAGUGGUAAGGUCAAGCAGACUCUGGGUCUAAAAGGUCUGUUCCUCCGCGGCCCAAAGCCAGGCUCACUGGACAGUCAUGCUGCUGGGCAGCCCCUGCCCCGGCCCUCCGUUAGCCAGAGGCUCCUGCGGCGCACAGCCAGUGCCCCAACCAAGAGCCAGAAGCCAAGUCGCAAGGGCUUCCCAGAGCUGGCCCAGGGCACACAGGACGGGGGCUCCGAGGGGGCAGCUGAUGACGUGGCACCCCCUAGCCCCAACCCAGCUCUGGAGGCCCCUACCCAAGAGAAGUCAGGCAGCAGCAGUCCCCGAGAUACUCGCCUCUUCCCCUUGCAGCGGCCCACCUCCCCCCUGUGCAGUCUGGAACCCAUUGCAGAGGAACCAGCCCUGGGCCCUGGCCCCCCACUACAGGCAGCUGUCCCCACAGGUCCUUCUCAGGAAGGGCCCCAGUGCCCUGUAGAACCAGGAGCCAAAGUGACCAGCCCCCAGCGGACAUCUCUGGGAGCUUUUGGAACCCUCCGGCUCAGGACCGGGGGCAGUAGGGACAAUGAAGAGCCACCCUUAAAACCACACAAUGGUGGGAUCCCCAGUGGGCCACGUGAGGGGACCUCUGGCAGACAGACAGACAGCAAGAGCCGCUCCUGGGCCCUAGGCCCCCUGCCAGUGGUUAGAAGGGCCAAGAGUGAGGGCCAGGUGCCCUUGGAGCCCUCUCCCAUGCCUGCAGUGUACUCAGAUGCUACAGGAACUGACAGGUUAUGGCAGCGGCUGGAGCCUGGCAGUCACCGGGACAGUGUGUCUUCGUCCUCCAGCAUGUCAUCCAGUGACACUGUCAUAGACCUCUCAUUGCCCAGCCUGGGCCUCUGCCGCAGCCGAGAGAGCAUUCCGGGGGUCUCUCUUGGACAUCUGACCCCACGGCCCAGCUUGGCCUCAGCUGCCCAUCCUGACCUGCCUCCCGUGACCAAGAGCAAAUCAAACCCCAACCUGCGGUUUGCUGGUGGGCUGACUCCUGCACCUGAUGAGCUGCAGCCCCGGCCUCUUGCCCCACGGCUGACCAGCCUCCACCCACGGCCACCCUGGCAUCACCUCCCCUUGGUAGGCCUGCAGGACUGCCCAGUGUCUGCCAAGUCCAAGAGUCUGGGAGACCUGACAGCUGAUGACUUUGCCCCUAGCUUUCAGGGCAGUGCCAGCAGCCUGAACUGCAGCCGGGGUGUGGGGCAGCAGGCGCUGGAGCCAGGCUUGCGGCGAGAUGCUCUUACAGAGCAGCUGCGGUGGCUCACUGGCUUCCAGCAAGCUGGGGACAUCACAUCACCCACCAGCCUGGGCCCAGUUGGGGAAGGGCCUGUAGGGGGCGCCAGCUUCCUAAGGAGAUCCUCCUCUCGCAGCCAGAGUCGCGUGCGUGCUAUUGCCAGCAGGGCCCGCCAAGCUCAGGAGCGCCAGCAGCGUCUAAGAGGCCUGGACUCACGAGGUCCCCCAGAGGAGGAGCGGGGCACUCCUGAGGGUGCCUGCUCUGUAGGUCAUGAGGGCUGUGUGGAUGUGCCAAUGCCCACCAAAGGAGCUCCUGAGCAGGUGUGUGGUGCUGCUGAUGGCCGGCUGUGCUCAGUCUCUGACCCUGCCUGACUCAAACUCAAAACCUUCCCUGUGACUGCCUGCAGGGGAGGCUGGCCUCAAUCCACCCUUUGCUCAGGAAAUGAAGCCACUGGGUCCCCAAAGCUGUUGUGCCCCACUCACUGUCUGUGGAGCACCCAGUAGCCUCCCCCUCAACCUUAGCUGUCCUCUUGUCUCUGAUCCUGGAAAGCAAGGAACAGCACUGUCCACCUGUCCUAGUGGGCAGUUUCCACAUUUUAAGAUAUAUACAAAGAGAGCUAUUUAACUUUUUAGAACCAAAACUUACACAACAUUAAAGAUUCUGAGCCCUUUCCCACUGCUCUACCUGGUGUCUGGCCCUGUGGUGUGUGUGGUGUUUUUUGCCACCUGCUUCGUGCUAGUACCCCAGAAUGCCUGUGACACACCCACAACUGCUAGGAUGUUUGUCCCUGUCCCCCACCCCACUGUGCAUCUGGCUUGUUCUAAACAAACCACCCAGCAACUGUGUAAACUCGGGAGCACAACUCCUCCAAUAAAUGCAUCAGGCCUGUUC